UGUAAUUUUACGUCCAUAUGCAUGGACAAGGUCAGUGUUUGAUGCCACCGUCACAAGGUAAAGCUAUGUCCAGAGUCCACAUGCACAACUCUAACGAACAUCACAAUAUACAUGUCAACACGAACACAUGCAAAUGGAAGAUACAUGGUUGAAAAGUUAGUGUUCGUAUUUUGCCAUAAAAAAAUACUGUAGUGAUUAAAAGUAGUCCCGCAAAACCUUGGUACGUGGCGACUCGGAAUCCUACGUGUUGGCUCCAGAGACUUGAACGAAGCUUGCAGACAUAUUUCCUGCCAACUAAGAUGUUUUCGCUCAUGAUGUGCCCUCAAGAUCCUUCACCACUUGGUUUUUCUUUAAGAUAUAUCAUUUCUUAAUUGCUUGCAUGCUCUUUGAGAGUAAGGUGCAAUUAUAAAUAACAAAACAAAACGGGUGUGUAGGUCGUCAAUAAAUUUUGCAUGUUGCAAAGAAAAUGAAGAUGAAUUCGCGAGCUUUAAUAGUGUGGUUUCUAUUGUUGUCGGCAGUUUUCGCCAUCACGGUUGUUGCCUCCGUCGAUGACACAAAACAAGUUGGUGAAAACUCAGUGGAGGAGUCAAAGUCGACAUGCAAGUACGGAAAUUGUGCACAUGAUGGAGAGAUUCCUUUUGUAGAAGUAGAUGAAGUCCUUGGUGGAGAAGAAGAAGAAUCCAAAUCUGACCAAGUUGGAAUUGGAAGAGGCCAAGGAGGACAGAAGGGCGGUGGUGGCGGCCAAGGAGGACAGAAGGGUGGUGGUGGCGGCCAAGGAGGACAGAAGGGCGGUGGCGGCGGCCAAGGAGGACAGAAGGGCGGUGGCGGCGGCCAAGGAGGACAGAAGGGCGGUGGCGGCGGCCAAGGAGGACAGAAGGGCGGCGGCGGCCAAGGAGGACAGAAGGGCGGCGGCGGCCAAGGAGGACAGAAGGGCGGCGGCGGCCAAGGAGGACAGAAGGGCGGCGGCGGCCAAGGCGGACAGAAGGGCCGCGGCGGUGGUGGUGGACAAGGAGGUGGUGGUGGUGGACACAAAGGCGGUGGUGGUGGCCAAGGAGGACACAAAGGUGGCGGAGGUGGUCAUGUUGGAGGAGGUGGCAGAGGAGGCGGAGGUCAUGGAGGUGGUCAUGUUGGCGGAGGUGGCAGAGGAGGCGGAGGUGGUCAUGGAGGCAGCAAAGGAGGUGGCGGCCGAGGAGGAGGUGGUGGCGGCCAAGGAGGAGGUGGUGGCGGAAGCGGCCGUGGAGGUGGAGGUGGAGGCGGCGGGAUGUAGGAUAUCUCUAUCUAUAAUACUAGCAAGUUUUAUUUUAAAUGCCAAGUGUUCACGUAUACUAAACUACAAUAAAGUUAUAUGUAAACGUACGAAUCACACCACUUCGCUGAAUGUUUAUAGGUGUGUAUAGGCUUCGGUGUCAUGAAAGUUUUAUGUUUGUCUCAACGUAUUAUCACAAUAUUGCCCGUUGUUAA